AAGUAGCGCGGAUUGCUCAUCCGAUCCGUGCAGCCACGGCCGCUGUGUCAAGUUACAGAGGCGCCGGAAUCGGCCCCAGCGCUCCACCUCUGCCCAGGGGGCCCUCCAUGUGCGCCCCUGUGCCCCAGGACUGACACUGGCUCGCCGGCAAGACGCGAGUCACCGGGAAGGACCUACAGCGCGGAACCAACUCGAGGACGUUGCUGGUACCAGAAGGAAAAGAGGAGGCAGAGUGGAGAGCCUGCUAGAUCCCCCAAUAUUUCCUGGAUUUGGAACGUUCUUCGAAAUAACUUUUCUCACUUUGGUGCCCCCCUGUUACGGCUGGGGUGUGUUUUCGUCUUUUGCGCCCCUGCUGCUGACUUCUGCGUCCGCCCGGCCCGGAGCAAAGGAAAGGGACGUUUUCCAAAGCCACAACCCUUUCCCCCUGCCGCGCAAUCAGGGUCGCGCCUUUAGGCAGCGGCUGGCGCUUUUAUUUAUUCUAUUUAUUUAUUUAUUGGUUCUCGAGACUUGAGGAGAUGGUGGCCGAGCGCGUCCGCAAAGCGGCAGCCGCCGUUGCCCGCGCCCCCGGGGAGCUAGGCGCGCCCGGCACGGUGGCGCUGACGGUGGCGCCGGGCGAGCGCUGCGCGCGCCUGCCGAGCGCGGGGUCGUGCGGGCUUCUGGCAGUGGCCCUGUGCUCACUGGCGCUCAGCCUGCUAGCCCACGUUCGGACGGCGGAGCUGCAGGCCCGGGUGCUGCGCCUGGAAGCCAAGAGCGGGGAGCAGCAAACGGAGACGGCUAUUUUGGGAAGAGUCAACCAACUGCUGGACGAGAAAUGGAAGUUCCACUCGCGGCAGCGCCGGGAGGCCCUGAACACGCCUACGGGAUGUAACUGCCCACCAGGACCUCCUGGUCCCACAGGAAGACCUGGACUGCCGGGAGACAAAGGUGCCAUUGGGAUGCCGGGACGUGUGGGAACCCCAGGAGAUGCUGGAAUGUCCAUUAUUGGUCCGAGAGGGCCCCCUGGCCAGCCUGGCACUCGAGGUUUCCCUGGAUUUCCGGGUCCUAUUGGGUUAGACGGCAAACAGGGCCACCCAGGACCCAAAGGGGAGAUGGGUCUGAUGGGCCCCCGAGGACAACCGGGGCCUCAAGGACCAAAAGGAGAAAAGGGUCAUUGUGGAGAGUACCCCCACCGGGAACACCUAAGCAGCACCUUAGCAGCUCUGCGCUCCAACCAGAUAAUUACCCUGAAGCUGCUGCCUCUCCUCAAUUCAGUGCGGCUGGCCCCGCCCCCAGUCAUAAAAAGGCGGACCUUCCAGGGUGAACAGGGCCAGGCUGGCAUCCAAGGCCCACCAGGCCCCCCUGGCCCCCCUGGCCCGAGUGGACCUCUGGGGCACCCAGGCCUGCCAGGACCCAUGGGACCACCUGGUUUACCUGGGCCUCCUGGACCAAAGGGAGACCCUGGGAUCCAAGGCUAUCAUGGCCGGAAGGGAGAGCGGGGCAUGCCAGGAAUGCCGGGCAAACACGGAGCCAAGGGGGCUCCUGGGAUCGCUGUGGCCGGCAUGAAGGGUGAGCCAGGGAUUCCAGGAGCCAAGGGUGAGAAGGGGGCUGCAGGAACCCCUGGGCUACCUGGUCUCCUGGGACAGAAGGGAGAAAAAGGCGGUGCUGGCAAUGCCAUUGGAGGAGGCCGAGGGGAACCAGGCCCCCCAGGGCUCCCUGGGCCUCCAGGGCCAAAGGGAGAAGCCGGUGCUGAUGGGCAGGCUGGCCCUCCAGGACAGCAAGGAGACAAGGGAGAGCCUGGAGCAGCUGGAGAACAGGGACCAGCUGGCCCCAAGGGCUCCAAGGGAGAACCAGGGAAAGGGGAGCUGGUGGAUUACAAUGGAAACAUCAACGAGGCUCUCCAGGAAAUCCGAACACUGGCCUUGAUGGGCCCCCCUGGUCUUCCUGGGCAAAUCGGCCCACCUGGAGCUCCAGGGGUUCCAGGCCAGAAGGGGGAGAUUGGACUACCAGGCCCUCCAGGUCUCGAUGGGGAAAAGGGGCCUCGGGGAAAACCGGGAGACAUGGGGCCCCCUGGCCCACAAGGACCUCCAGGAAAGGAUGGGCCUCCAGGAAUAAAAGGAGAUGAUGGACUCACAGGGAGCCCAGGAGAGAAGGGGGAAAGAGGGGAGAUGGGACACGCAGGCUCCCCGGGAGAGAAAGGAGAACCUGGGGAGAAAGGUGACCCAGGCCUGGAGGUACCUGGGCCACCAGGACCAGAGGGACCUCCUGGGCCUCCGGGGCUGCAAGGUGUUCCUGGACCAAAGGGGGAAGCAGGACUGGAUGGUGCCAAAGGAGAGAAGGGUAUCCAGGGAGAAAAAGGAGACCGAGGUCCUCUGGGAUUGCCCGGAGCUUCAGGUUUGGACGGCAGGCCUGGGCCACCGGGUACUCCAGGACCAAUCGGAGUUCCAGGUCCCGCAGGACCAAAGGGUGAGAGGGGCAGCAAAGGAGACCCUGGGAUGACAGGACCAACGGGAGCAGCUGGGCUUCCUGGUUUACAUGGACCUCCCGGCGACAAAGGCCACCGGGGGGAGAGGGGGAAGAAAGGCUCUAGAGGGCCAAAAGGGGAUAAGGGAGACCAAGGAGCGCCCGGAUUAGAUGCCCCCUGCCCGUUGGGUGAAGAUGGUCUACCAGUCCAAGGCUGCUGGAACAAGUGAUGCCUCUAACCUUGGACUGGCCUGUGUGUGUGUUUGUACAUAGAAUAUUUAUUUUUAUACAGUUUUCACUUUUUGAAAGUGCCUGACGUAUGAUGCAUCUUACAGAUUAUUAAAAUGCAAACUCUGCAUAUUUUGUACAGAAAAUGUCAACCUCCUCCCUUUUGUUUACAAGAUUUUUUUUUAAGUCCACGUCUCUAAUACACUUUUUGUUUGUGAGUGCGGUUGUAAUGUUUGCAUGAUAUUUGUGCACACUUAUUAAGUAUUGAAGCUUAAUAAAUUAUUUUGUUCUGGUGCCAAAGGGGGCCAUCAGCAUUCAGGUGCUGGCUAGCUUAUGUGUGAAUUCACAUAAAUACGAAAGGUGGCAUAUGCCAACCGGGGUAUGUCUGAGAAUAUUUUCAACUCUAUGGAUUUUUAUUAUUAAAAAAUAUGAAACUUGCAAAUUCA